AGCAGGGAGGCACGGAGAUGCGAAGCUUUUCUCAGGCUCUGAAAGUACUUCAUCUGAAAUUUCAGGCCGGACAGACUCGCAGUGGCUUCUAAGCCAGUGAGAACAAGGCUGCUAAAGCAUGCUGGUGCCAAGCUGUCGGAUGAUGCACGUAGUCAGGCCAGUGGUGGUGCUCCUGUGCUUGCUACUGUGUGCUGAUGCUGAAACACCACCAAAGUUUACAAGAACUCCCGUUGACCAGACAGGGGUUUCAGGAGGAGUCGCCUCUUUCAUCUGCCAAGCCACAGGAGAUCCAAGACCUAAAAUUGUCUGGAACAAAAAGGGAAAGAAAGUCAGCAAUCAGAGAUUUGAGGUAAUAGAGUUUGAUGAUGGAUCUGGAUCAGUUCUCAGAAUACAACCACUACGCACGCCACGGGAUGAAGCUAUUUAUGAAUGUGUGGCUUCCAACAGUGUUGGUGAAAUAAGUGUGUCCACAAGACUCACUGUUUUACGUGAGGAUCAAAUUCCUCGAGGUUUUCCCACCAUUGAUAUGGGCCCACAGCUGAAGGUGGUUGAACGAACUCGCACAGCUACCAUGUUAUGUGCAGCCAGUGGCAAUCCUGAUCCCGAAAUAACUUGGUUCAAAGAUUUCCUACCUGUUGACACGAGCAACAACAAUGGCCGCAUCAAGCAGCUACGCUCAGAAUCUAUUGGUGGUACACCAAUAAGAGGUGCCCUCCAAAUUGAACUGAGUGAAGAAUCUGACCAAGGCAAAUAUGAGUGUGUUGCAACCAACAGUGCGGGUACACGCUAUUCUGCCCCUGCCAAUCUAUAUGUCAGAGAGCUGCGAGAAGUUCGACGAGUCCCACCAAGGUUCUCUAUCCCACCCACAAAUCAUGAGAUCAUGCCUGGCGGGAGUGUAAAUAUCACCUGUGUUGCGGUGGGGUCACCAAUGCCAUAUGUGAAAUGGAUGCUAGGAGCAGAAGAUUUGACACCUGAGGAUGAUAUGCCAAUAGGGAGGAACGUCCUUGAGCUUAAUGAUGUCAGACAGUCUGCAAACUACACUUGUGUUGCUAUGUCUACCCUCGGUGUUAUAGAAGCAAUAGCACAGAUAACUGUCAAAGCCUUACCCAAACCUCCUGGAACACCUGUUGUGACAGAAAGCACAGCGACAAGCAUAACAUUGACUUGGGAUUCUGGAAACCCUGAGCCAGUUUCUUACUACAUAAUCCAACACAAACCCAAAAACUCAGAGGAGCCAUAUAAAGAAAUUGAUGGUGUGGCCACAACACGUUAUAGCGUGGCUGGCCUAAGCCCAUAUUCAGAGUAUGAAUUUCGGGUAGUUGCUGUAAAUAACAUUGGGCGAGGGCCAGCCAGUGAGCCUGUGUCAACAAGGACUUCAGAGCAAGCACCUUCAAGUGCACCCCGCAAUGUGCAGGCCCGUAUGUUGAGCUCUACCACCAUUUUAGUACAGUGGGAAGAACCUGAGGAACCUAAUGGGCAAAUACAAGGUUACAGAGUUUAUUACACCAUGGACCCCACUCAACAUGUUAACAGCUGGAUGAAGCACAACGUGGCUGACAGUCAUAUUACCACUAUUGGGAAUCUCGUACCCCAGAAAGCAUACUCUGUGAAAGUUCUUGCUUUUACUUCUGUUGGGGAUGGACCACUUUCUAGUGACAUUCAGGUCAUCACUCAGACAGGAGUACCUGGUCAACCACUGAACUUCAAAGCAGAACCUGAGUCUGAAACGAGCAUAUUGCUUUCCUGGACACCUCCACGCUCUGAUACCAUUUCCAGCUAUGAACUGGUUUACAAAGAUGGAGAACAUGGGGAGGAGCAACGGGUUUCUACCGAACCUACUACAUCUUAUCGUCUGCAAGGUUUAAGACCAAACAGCCUGUACUUAUUCCGUCUAGCUGCACGUUCUCCUCAAGGCCUGGGUGCUUCAACAGCAGAAAUCUCAGCGAGAACCAUGCAGUCAAAGCCAUCAGCUCCUCCUCAAGACAUUAGUUGCACAAGCCCCAGCUCCACUAGCAUUUUGGUAAGUUGGAAACCUCCACCGGUGGAAAAGCAGAACGGCAUUAUCACUGAAUACUCCAUCAAGUACAUUGGGAUUGAUGGAGAAGAUGUCAAGCCCCAUGAAAUUUUGGGAAUUUCCUCGGACAGUACCCAAUAUCUUUUGGAACAGCUGGAAAAAUGGACUGAGUACCGGAUAUCUGUGACUGCUCACACUGAUGUUGGACCUGGCCCAGAGAGCUUAGCAGUAUUGAUUCGGACAGAUGAAGAUGUUCCUAGUGGUCCUCCUCGCAAAGUCGAGGUAGAGGCUGUCAACUCUACUGCUGUUAAAGUGUCAUGGCGCUCGCCCGUGCCCAAUAAGCAGCAUGGUCAGAUCCGAGGAUACCAGGUCCACUACGUAAGGAUGGAAAAUGGAGAGCCAAAGGGUCAACCCAUGCUGAAGGACAUCAUGCUGGCUGAUGCGCAGUGGGAAUAUGAUGAUACUACUGAACAUGAAAUGAUAAUUUCUGGGCUUCAGCCUGAAACUACAUACUCUUUCACUGUGACAGCCUAUACAACGAAAGGUGAUGGAGCACGCAGCAAGCCCAAACUCAUAUCUACUACUGGUGCAGUUCCAGGCAAACCUCGGCUUGUGAUUAGCCACACACAGAUGAACACGGCUCUAAUUCAGUGGCAUCCUCCUGUGGAAACUUUCGGCCCGCUGCAGGGUUAUCGCCUGAAGUUUGGUCGCAAAGACGUGGAUACAUAUACAACCAUGGAGUUCUCGGAGAAGGAAGAUCACUUCACGGCCACAGACAUUCACAAAGGAGCUUCUUAUGUCUUCAGGCUAUCAGCUAGAAAUAAAGUGGGCUUUGGGGAGGAGAUGGUUAAAGAGAUUUCUGUUCCUGAAGAGGUACCCAGUGGAUUUCCCCAAAAUCUCCACUCGGAAAGCUCUACUUCUACAUCAGUUCAAUUAACUUGGCAGAUGCCGCUCUUGGCAGAGAGAAAUGGCAUUAUCACCAAAUAUACCAUCUUGUACAGAGAUAUCAAUGUUGCUUACCAGCCAGUUGAACUCCCUGUUGUUCCUGCUGAUACCACUGUGACACUUUCUGGCUUAAAACCAGAUACCACAUAUGAUGUAAAAGUACGUGCCCACACAAGCAAAGGGCCUGGUCCAUAUAGUCCAAGUGUCCAGUUCAGGACACUACCCGUGGAUCAAGUGUUUGCAAAAAAUUUUCAUGUUAAAGCAGUAAUGAAGACUUCUGUUUUGCUGUCCUGGGAAAUUCCAGAAAACUACAAUUCAGCCUUGCCUUUCAAAAUCCUUUAUGAUGAUGGGAAAAUGGAGGUUGAUGGACGUGCUACUCAAAAGCUGAUCACUAACUUGAAGCCAGAGACAUCAUACUCAUUUGUGCUGACAAACAGAGGAAAUAGUGCUGGGGGUCUUCAGCACAGAGUGACCGCAAAAACUGCACCAGAUGUGCUUCGCACCAAGCCAGUCUUCAUCGGAAAGACCAACUUAGAUGGCAUGAUAACUGUGGAACUUCCAAAAGUACCCUCAAAUGAGAAUAUAAAAGGCUAUUACAUAGUUAUUGUGCCUUUGAAGAGGUCUCGUGGAAAGUUUAUUAAACCAUGGGAGAGUCCAGAUGAAAUGGAACUAGAUGAGCUGCUUAAGGAGAUAGCUAGGAAACGCAGAAGCAUUCGUCUUGGGCGGGAAGUUGAAUUAAAGCCAUAUAUUGCAGCUCACUUUGAAGUUCUUCCUACGGAAUUCACAUUGGGGGAUAAGAAGCAUUAUGGUGGAUUUGAGAAUAAGCAACUACAGAGUGGUCAAGAAUAUGUCUUCUUUGUCUUGGCUGUAAUGGAACACUCAGAAUCUACCAUGUAUGCAACCAGCCCAUAUUCUGAUCCUGUUGUGUCAAUGGAUCUUGAUCCCCAACCAAUUACAGAUGAGGAAGAAGGCUUGAUUUGGGUUGUUGGACCAGUUCUUGCAGUGGUGUUUAUCAUCUGCAUUGUUAUUGCUAUACUUCUUUAUAAAAGUAAACCUGACAGGAAGAGGGCUGAAUCUGAUUCUAGAAAGAGCAGCAUACCCAACAGCAAGGAGGUCCCUUCUCACCAUCCCACAGAUCCAGUGGAGCUGCGACGCCUUAACUUUCAAACUCCGGCUUUGAGCAGUAAUUCAGUCCCCUACGCCUCCCUGAUUGGCUCUGUGUCCUCCCUCUCUAGCCAAACUACCACUCAGUCCUUAUAUGAUAAUAACUCUCUCCCACGAUUCGCUCGAAAAGGUAUGGCCAAUCAUCCCCCAAUACCCAUCUUGGAACUUGCAGAUCACAUUGAAAGAUUGAAAGCAAAUGACAAUUUAAAGUUCUCACAGGAGUAUGAGUCUAUUGAUCCCGGUCAGCAGUUCACAUGGGAACACUCUAACUUGGAAGUAAACAAACCAAAGAAUAGAUAUGCGAAUGUAAUUGCUUACGACCAUUCUCGUGUUCUACUCUCAGCAAUAGAAGGCAUACCAGGCAGUGACUAUAUCAAUGCCAACUACAUAGAUGGAUACAGGAAGCAGAAUGCUUAUAUAGCCACACAAGGGGCAUUGCCAGAAACCUUUGGUGACUUCUGGAGAAUGAUGUGGGAACAACGAGGUGCAACUGUCGUCAUGAUGACAAAACUAGAGGAGAGGUCCAGGGUGAAGUGCGAUCAGUACUGGCCAAGCAGAGGCACAGAAACCUACGGACUAAUCCAAGUAACCCUUUUAGACACUGUUGAAUUGGCAACAUACUGUGUUCGUACAUUUGCACUUUACAAGAAUGGUUCAAGUGAGAAAAGGGAAGUGAGGCAAUUCCAGUUUACUGCCUGGCCUGAUCAUGGUGUCCCAGAACACCCAACACCGUUCUUAGCUUUCCUGAGACGAGUCAAGACUUGCAACCCACCUGAUGCUGGACCUAUGGUUGUGCAUUGCAGUGCUGGAGUCGGCAGGACUGGCUGCUUCAUUGUGAUAGAUGCCAUGUUAGAGCGAAUAAAGCAUGAAAAGACUGUAGAUAUUUAUGGCCACGUAACUCUAAUGAGAGCACAGAGGAAUUACAUGGUUCAAACUGAGGACCAAUACAUCUUUAUUCACGAUGCACUGCUGGAAGCAGUGACAUGUGGAAAUACCGAAGUGCCAGCCAGAAACCUGUAUGCGUAUAUCCAGAAGCUGACACAGAUAGAAACAGGCGAGAAUGUCACAGGAAUGGAACUGGAAUUUAAGCGUCUUGCUAGCUCUAAGGCUCACACUUCAAGAUUCAUCAGUGCCAAUCUUCCAUGUAAUAAAUUCAAAAAUCGCCUUGUCAAUAUUAUGCCAUAUGAGUCCACAAGGGUAUGCUUGCAGCCUAUCCGAGGAGUAGAAGGCUCUGAUUAUAUUAAUGCCAGUUUCAUUGAUGGAUACAGACAACAAAAAGCUUACAUAGCUACACAGGGUCCUUUAGCAGAAACAACUGAAGACUUCUGGAGAAUGCUCUGGGAGCAUAAUUCUACAAUUGUGGUCAUGCUCACUAAGCUACGAGAAAUGGGCAGAGAAAAAUGCCACCAAUACUGGCCUGCAGAGCGCUCAGCCAGAUAUCAGUAUUUUGUGGUAGAUCCAAUGGCAGAGUACAACAUGCCACAGUAUAUUCUGAGGGAAUUCAAGGUUACAGAUGCAAGGGAUGGCCAGUCCCGAACAGUGAGGCAGUUCCAGUUCACUGACUGGCCAGAGCAAGGAGUGCCAAAGUCUGGAGAAGGAUUUAUUGACUUCAUAGGCCAAGUGCAUAAAACAAAAGAGCAAUUUGGUCAGGAUGGACCAAUUUCUGUUCAUUGCAGUGCGGGUGUUGGAAGGACUGGAGUAUUCAUAACCCUGAGCAUUGUAUUAGAAAGAAUGAGAUAUGAAGGUGUUGUAGACAUCUUCCAGACUGUCAAAAUGUUACGGACACAGCGGCCAGCCAUGGUACAGACAGAGGAUCAAUACCAGUUCUGCUAUCGAGCCGCACUGGAAUAUCUGGGCAGCUUUGAUCACUAUGCAACAUAAAAACCCAUUGUGGAUUUUUAUUGCAGGCCCUUUAAGAUCCAUAGAGCCGCUUCUGAGCCAUACAAUGUGCUUUAGAAGUACUUCUUAACUCUUAGCUAAGGAGCAAUUAUUGGGGAUAUAUAAAAUAAAUUUAAAAAAAU